AUGGAUUCCUCACAAUGGGUCUCGAUUCACAUCAGGGAUCGUCUGGAGAAGGGCGAGAUUUCCAUCAAGGAUUCCUUUCUAUAUGAAGGAUCCUUUCACUCUCCCACCGACAAAUCCCUCCCCCUCACCGAGGACGACAUCGACAACCUCACCAUCCCCUCCUACGGCAUCGGCGAGGUGUGCGCCCGCGGCCGCCGCGGCAGCGAAGGCUGGAUGGACUUGUUUCACGGCGAUGGCAAGAUAUGCGAACUGUACUGGGACAAUCGGGACAAGAAACCGGUUAACAAGUUUGAGGUGUCGGGGGUUGAUAGCGCGAAGUACAAGAUUGAGUGUAGUGGAUGGAGUCCGCAGGCCGGACCGAUGGGACAUGUGUUUAUUGAUAUUGAGGCUGCGAAGGCGAAGGCUGCUGAGGCUGCUGCUAAGGAGAAAGCGGUUUGA